GGCGCGCGGCGGGCAGGCCUGGAGGGGGCGGGUUUGCGCGGGCCUCACUAGCGGCCCGGCGCGCCUGAGGAGAAGGGAGGUCACGGCGUGAAGGUGUACCCGCUACCGCGCCUGCCGCCUUGCCAGUGUUCCGAGCGCCGGGAGCAACCAUGUCCUACUGCCGGCAGGAAGGGAAGGAUCGAAUUAUUUUUGUGACCAAAGAAGACCAUGAAACUCCCAGCAGUGCUGAGCUAGUAGCUGACGACCCCAAUGAUCCAUACGAGGAACAUGGAUUGAUACUGCCAAAUGGAGACAUUAACUGGAAUUGCCCAUGCCUUGGAGGAAUGGCCAGCGGACCCUGUGGGGAACAGUUCAAGUCAGCCUUUUCCUGCUUCCACUAUAGCACAGAGGACAUCAAGGGUUCAGACUGUGUAGACCAGUUCCGAGCCAUGCAGGAGUGCAUGCAGAAAUACCCGGACCUCUAUCCCCAAGACGACGAGGAGGAGGAGGAGAAGCCAGCAAAACAUGCUGAGGAAGCAGCUUCUGCCGAGGGCCCUGCAGUCAAAGAGGAGGGGUCAAGCUCAUGAAGGCCACAGGCCCUGGGCUCCAGUCCUUCCGCUUCAGAGCAACAUGGACCUUUGGCACAAUGCUUUUCAGUUGCCCUGUGAAAAGUGUCUUUCCUUCUGUUGUUCUGUGCACUGUAAUGUACAAAAUAAGUUAUUUUGAUGAUCAGGGGGUUUGGCUGUUUGCCAUAUACACUGAAAAAAAAAAAGAGGUGUGUGUAUCCAUGUGUCCUACAUAAACCUGUUGGUGAAUGUGGCUGUCACUGUUGAAUUGCCUUUUCUCUGAUUGCCUGAAUGUUUCUAAUGAUAAUGUGCUGAAUAUUCUCAGCAACCAAAAACUAUCAUUCAGGAAUAUUUUUUGUGAGUAAGCUCAUUUGUUCUGAUCCAUUGUAUCCUUUAGUAGAUUUUAUACCUCUAGGAAAUUAAAUACAAGCCAAAACAUCUUCCUGUGGAACGGUGGAGUGGGGACAUUCCUAAUCAGAGGCCAGUGGUUAUAUACUCACCUUGAAGUGUUUGAGUGGUUACUGUGCUUCGUGCCUAACAUGUUUGGUUUCCAUGUCUGCAUUGAGCUCCAGGCCUCAUAGUUUCUUUGUUUGGAUGCUGUGAUUCUCAAUCCCUUUCAAAGGAAAAGGAAAGGUGAGCUCUUAAGAGCUCUUCCUUGUUUUACUUUUCCAAAGUCCUGGUUUGGGACCCAUGUUCACACCAGCUCAGUGUAGUCAGAUGAACUAUUCCUGAGAGGUAGGGACCUGUUGCCAGAGCAACAAGCAAGAGAGAAAAUGUUGUGAAUGAAGUAGUCAAUUAAAAGGAAAUAUGAUUUCUACCUGA